AUGUCGAUUCCAAUCCUAGAAACCUUCAGGAAAAGAAAGAGAAGGCCAAAGUUAUUUGCGUUCCAUUCAUUUGCUGAACCUGGUUGCCCCAUCAACCCCACCGGUCCAUUUCGAGAUAACAUUCAGUUUUUCCUUAAACAAUGUGCUGAGACUGAAGAUUACUGCGUCAAAGGAAUGCCCAUUUGGUGCACCUUCCUUGUUCAUGACAGGAGUUGUGUCGUCCCUCUAUACAUCAUUGAAGAGGAUGUUAACCGCUCUCUAAACCCUUUCUGUGAUCACUGCAGAUGUACAGGUUGGGGCAACCAUUUUGUUUCAAAAAGGAAGUAUCAUGUAGUAAUACCAAAUGAUCGAGACUGGAAUAAGCCUCUAGAUGCUGGUGUAUUAAACAUCCACUCGCAUCUUUUGCAUGGGUUGAUUCACUGUAAUGGAUUUGGUCAUCUGCUCUGCGUCAAUGGAAUUGAAGGUGGUUCUAAGUAUCUUUGUGGCAGGGAAAUCAUGGAUCUUUGGGAUCGUAUCUGUGAAAUUCUUAGAGCACGGAAAAUCUCAGUGGAGGAUGUGUCAAAGAAGCACGGUAUGGAUCUACGUUUGCUCCAUGGAGUCGCAUAUGGACAUACAUGGUUUGGUAGAUGGGGUUACAAGUUCUGCCGUGGAAGCUAUGGUGUUUUAGAGCAAAAUUAUGAUAGAGCAAUUGAAAUUCUCAGCUCCCAUGAACUUGACAAAACUAUUCAAGAUUUCAGUGACAGGGACCAGUGCAGACGAAUCAAGUGCAUGGUUCAGCAUUAUAGAGAUCUAAGUGAAAGCCAGUUGGUUACUAUCAGAGAUCUUUUCAAGUUUAUGCUUACUAUCAAAUCUCGUAGCACACUGCAGAAGAAAUUGGCUACAGCUACAACCGCUCCUCCAGCUUCUACACAGAAAAAUUCAAUGAGAAUAUCACUCCACAAGAAGGCCACUUCGAAAGAAAAAUAUUUGAGAUGUAAGAAAUUUACGAGUGUCAUAGCUCAUAUGGAUAGCCGAUGGCCUGCAAAAAGGCUAGAAUUUGCAGCAGAGGUGAUUGUCGAAGCUUUGAAGGAACAUAAAUCUGAGUACGGUCAUGGUAGGAUGACGAGGCAAGAUCUAAGAGAUGCAGCUCGGAUGCAUAUUGGUGAUACAGGUUUGCUGGAUUAUGUUUUGAAAUCAAUGAACAAUGUAAUUGUUGGAUGUCACAUUGUCCGCCGUGGAAUUAACACAUCUCGGAUAUUAGAAUACACGAUUGAGGACUUAGACAAUGGGGUUAAUGGGACAGAAGCAGAACAGGAAAUACAUCAAACCCCUCUACCAGAUGCUUUGCCCGCUCUGAUCCCUGGAACUGAUGCUUACAAUGAUGUGGUGUAUUUGUAUAAUAAUAUCCUGCUGAACUAUCCAGAAUCAGAAUUGCUGGAACUUGCUACUCAGGCAGUUCUAGAUAGCAAACACUUUGUUAAGGAUCGGCCUUUUAGGGAUGAAGAUGAUCAGUUGUUGAGAUUCUUUUGCCAAGUCAUGCCCAGUUUGCUUGAUGUAGACAAUAUAUUGACCGAGAAACCACCUGCUGGUGAACUUGUCAUGGUUCCAUUACAUGCGACAGUCUUCGACCUAAAGCAAGCAGCUGAAAAAGCACUGAGAGAUACCUAUUGUAUUAUGGAUAGACUUGUGGUGACGGAGAUUGGCGACCUGGAUGAAAUGGAGGAUAAAGAUGUGCUAUUUGGAGCUCUUGAGUCAGGUGCAGAAAUUCUGGUCAGAGGGAGUGGAAUAGAUUGGGACAGUAAGCUAAGGCAUGAAGGUGGCGCUCACAAUUGGAUAAUGAGAUGCGAAUGUGGGGCUCAGGAUGAUGAUGGGGAGAGGAUGGUAGCAUGUGACGUUUGUGAGGUGUGGCAGCACACACGGUGCUGUGGCAUAGAGGACUCUGAGGCUGUGCCACCAUUGUUUGUCUGCCCAGGGUGCUGCAGUUCUCUUGGACCUCCAAUGAAUGACUCUCCCCUCGCAUUGCAGAAUUCUGAUGAUCUGCUAUUGGACUCAGCAACUGUAUAUGGGAUGGACUUCGAGUAUGACAACUGCAUCGGACUACUGCCAUGAUCAGGGAGUGUUUAUCAAGGACUAAAAGGUCUUUGUCAGUUUGUUGAUUGAUAUCCAUAAGAUGGUGAUUCAUCAUUAU